AUGGAAAACGAGAAAAAUCAGCCAACUCCGCAGACAUUAUCUACCUCAAAUCCCCCAUCCGAGAAUGCUGGUUACUCAUUUCAACAGAUCAUGGAACAACCGACUCCUUUCAGCAAUACAAGCUCAGCCACGAGCAAAAUAGUCGGUUCAGAGCUGGAUAAUAAAACUGAUGGUGGGGAAUCUGAAGCGCCAUGUGCAUCUCCUAUAGUGGAUGAGUGUACUGAGGAUAGACCAAAUCUUACGGAAUGUAAUAAUGCUAGUGGCGAAACAUCUCAGAAUGUCGAAGUGGUUGAUGAUGAGGCGAUUGAGGAGCCAAAGUCGGGAAUGGAGUUUAAAUCCCUUGAAGAGCUAUUAAGUUAUUAUAAGGAGUAUGGUAAAAAAUGCGGAUUUGGGGUGAUGACGAAACGGACUGAUAGGGAUGAAGAUGACUCUGUUAGAUACGUCACUCUUUGUUGUGCCCGUGGUGGGAAAGCCCGGAAUCGCACGUUGAAUGUUGCCAACCCACGUCCGACAGGAAAGACGGAAUGUAAGGCAAAGAUUAAUGCCUUAAGGCAAGAUGGAGUGCUUCGGUUGACGACAGUACAUAAUAUCCAUAACCAUGGCCUCAGUCCGAAGAAAUCCCGGUUUUUUCGAUGUAAUAGAAAAGUUAGUGAUGCCGUAAAAAGGGUUCUAGAGACAAAUGAUAUGGCUGGCAUUCGAGCGAAUAAGAGUUACGGAUCUCUCGUUGUUGGUGCGGGUGGUGCCGGAGCACUUCGACAGUAUUUUUUAAGGAUGCAAUACAAAAAUCCUGGGUUCUUUUAUAUGAUGGAUAUAGAUGAUGACGGGAGGUUAAAGAACGUCUUUUGGGCAGACCCCCGUAGUAGAGCAGCGUAUCAAUAUUUUGGUGAUGUGGUCACAUUUGACACCACAUACCUAACGAAUCGAUAUGGGAUGCCAUUUGCACCACUUGUUGGUGUAAACCACCAUGGACAGUCAAUUUUGUUGGGAGCAGGGUUAAUUUCUAGCGAGGAUACUGAGACGUUUGUGUGGUUAUUCGAGACAUGGUUGCAAUGCAUGGAUGGUAACGCUCUGAAAUCUAUUAUCACUGAUCAAGAUAGGGCGAUGAAAAAUGUAAUCGGGAUUGUCUUUCCAAAUACCCGGCACAGAUUUUGUCUUUGGCAUAUACUGAAGAAAGUUCCGGAGAAGCUUGGCUCAUAUGGUUCCUACAAAACUGGGAUGAAGAAUGCAUUGAUGAAAUGUGUAUAUGACAGCCAGCAUGUGGAUGAGUUUGAGAAAUGUUGGGAUGAGUUGCUUACCACUUACAACUUGCAGGAGAAUGCAUGGUUGCAUAGCCUAUACGUUGAGCGUGAACAUUGGGUGCCGGCAUUUUUUAAGGAUUGUUUUUGGGCUGGAAUGAGUACCACGCAGCGAAGUGAGAGCAUGAAUGCAUUUUUUGACGGUUAUGUACAUUCUAGGACAAACUUAAAGGAGUUUGUAGACCAAUUUGAUAAUGCGUUGAAAAAAAAGAUUGAGAAUGAAAAUCUCGCGGACUUCCAUUCAUUUAAUGUCACAAUCCCCUGUAUAUCUAGAUCUCCAAUUGAAAAGAGGUUCCAAGAGUUGUACACGAUUGCUAAAUUCAAGGAAGUUCAGCAGCAAGUGAACGGUAUCAUUGAUUUGAAUCCAAAGUUACAUACUGAGGAUGGGGCCGUAAAGACAUAUAUGGUUGACGAUGAAGUUUGUUUGGAAGAGUUUACUAAGUUGGUUAGAUACUUUGUGCAGUUUAGUGAGAUUGAUGCAGUUGCAAAGUGCUCAUGUGGAUUAUUUGAGAUGAGGGGAAUAUUGUGUCGGCACAUUUUGGCCAUAUUCAGGUGUAACGAUAUCAAAUAUUUGCCGGAAGUGUACAUUUUAGAUCGAUGGAGGAAGGAUAUUAAAAGGCGAUACACUUUAAUUAAAAGUAGCUACGAUGAAGGGGAACAACGACCAGAUUCUAAUAGAUAUUCAAGUCUCUUAAGUAUAUGUUAUCAGAUGAUUACCCAUGCAGCGGGUUCGAUUAAGCACACUGAGGAUGCGAGGACUAAAUUAGAGGCAAUGAUUGAGCUUUAUCGUGCCAAUGAAGAACCACCAUCGAUGACUCGGAUUGAUUCUAAUGUUGAUAGUACGGCAAAUGCCACUACGGUCGGUGGGACUGGGGAAGUACACAACCCACGUGUGGUUAAAGGAAAAGACAGACCUCCAUCUCUGAAGAGAGCAUCCAGGAUGGAGAUAGACAUAUGGAAAGCGAAAGCAAAGACGAAGAAAGCACAAGCAAAGGGAAAGCGUAAAGAGCGAGAAGGAGUACACACCCGAGUCACAGAAAGAGAAGAUAUGCCUGUUGUGGAAGUAUGCAGGAAUUUAUUUGGCCCUUCUGAACUUGAUGUGCCAAACAUGUAG